GCUGGGGCGGAGGCUGCGAGCGGGGCGCGCGGACCGACGGAGCCCUCGGCGGUCCGGGCGAGGCGCGAGCGCAGGACCCGGCAGGCAGGACCCGCAGGAGACCCGAGCCGCGCCCGAGCCCGAGCCAUGGCCCUGGGCGAGCUGGCGCUGCUCCGCCGGCUGCACGAGAGCCGCCACUCGCGGAAGCUCAUCCUGUUCAUCGUGUUCCUCGCGCUGCUGCUGGACAACAUGCUGCUCACCGUCGUGGUUCCCAUCAUCCCCAGUUACUUGUACAGCAUUGAACACGAGAGAAAUGCUACUGAGACCCAGACCACCCGGCCAGUGUUCACACCCUCCACCUCGGGACGCUUCCACAGUAUCUUCUCCUACUAUGACAACUCCACCAUGGUCACGGGGAACACCACGGGAGGCCUUUCGGGGGGGCAGCUGCAUAAGGCCAUCACCACACAGCACAUGGUGACCAACAUGUCUGCCGGCCCUUCCGACUGUCCCAGUGAAGAUAAAGACCUCCUGAAUGAGAACGUGCAGGUUGGCCUGCUGUUUGCCUCCAAAGCCACCGUCCAGCUCAUCACCAACCCUUUCAUAGGACUGCUGACCAACAGAAUCGGCUAUCCGAUGCCCAUGUUUGCGGGAUUCUGCAUCAUGUUUAUUUCAACAGUUAUGUUCGCCUUUUCCAGCAGCUAUGCCUUCCUGCUAAUCGCUAGGUCCCUGCAGGGCAUCGGCUCUUCCUGCUCAUCUGUAGCUGGGAUGGGCAUGCUUGCCAGUGUGUACACAGAUGACGAAGAGAGAGGCAAUGCCAUGGGGAUCGCCUUGGGAGGCCUGGCCAUGGGGGUCCUAGUGGGCCCCCCCUUUGGGAGUGUGCUCUACGAAUUUGUGGGGAAGACGGCUCCUUUCCUGGUGCUGGCAGCCCUGGUGCUCUUGGAUGGAGUGAUUCAACUCUUCGUGCUCCAGCCAUCCCGGGUGCAGCCAGAGAGUCAGAAGGGGACGCCCCUAACCACUCUGCUGAAGGACCCCUACAUCCUCAUUGCUGCAGGCUCUAUCUGCUUUGCGAACAUGGGAAUCGCCAUGCUGGAGCCAGCCCUGCCCAUCUGGAUGAUGGAGACCAUGUGUUCCCGGAAGUGGCAGCUGGGCAUUGCUUUCUUGCCGGCAAGCAUCUCUUAUCUCAUUGGAACCAAUAUUUUUGGGAUACUUGCACACAAAAUGGGGAGGUGGCUUUGUGCUCUUCUAGGAAUGAUAAUUGUUGGAGUCAGCAUUUUAUGUAUUCCUUUUGCAAAGAACAUUUAUGGUCUCAUCGCACCCAACUUUGGAGUUGGUUUUGCAAUUGGUCCUUCAGCUGGAGGUGCUAUUGCAAAGGCAAUUGGCUUUCCAUGGCUCAUGACAAUUAUCGGGAUCAUUGAUAUUCUUUUUGCUCCACUUUGUCUUUUUCUUCGAAGUCCACCCGCCAAGGAAGAAAAAAUGGCUAUUCUAAUGGAUCACAACUGUCCCAUGAAAACAAAAAUGUACACUCAGAAUAAUACCCAGUCAUAUCCAAUAGGAGAUGAUGAAGAAUCUGAAAGUGACUGAGACCCUCAAAAAUCAUCAAAGUGUUUAAUUGUGUAAAAGUGUUUCCAGUGAAAUGACUCAUUCGGAGCUGUCUUAGUCAUACCAUCCAUCCCUGGCAAAAGAGUGCAACAACCAAAGGUUAUUAUUUCUUUUCCAUGGUUAUGAUUGACUGCCAACAGCCUUAUAAAGAAAAAGAAGCUUUUCUAGGGGUUUGUAUAGUGUUGAAAACUUUAUUUUAUGUGUUUGAUUUUAUUAAAUAUCAUACAAUAUAUUUUGAAGAAAUAGGUAUAUUGUAAAUCUAUAAAUAUUUGAAUCCAAAUCAAAUAUAAUUUUUUAACUUACAUUCACAAACACUUGGACAAAAAUAUAUUUUUUUCUGAAUACUGGUAAUGAGUGAUAAAGCACACAUUAUCUGUCUCUUCCAACAAGAAACUAGAAAGAAAUCUGAAAAACAGAAUCACAUAAGACAGCACGUUAUGUAGCGACACUGCAUGUCAUUUAACUUGUACUUACUAUCAAUAUAUUUAUGAGUUAAAAGCAAGUUAUCUCAAGUGCAGAGGACAAAAACACAAGUCAGUCAUCUUUUGGAUUUGUCCACAGAUAUUCACUGGCAUCAGUUUUCUAUGUAAUCACCUACCUGGAAAGGGAUAGUGGUAAAUUACAUGUUUACAGGUCAUAUGUUUGGCAGCAACAGGAGGAAAACAGUAAAUGUUGCAAAAGCAGAGUAAAGUACCAAAUGUAUAGAUAUGAAAAGCUUUCCCUCUAGGAUGCACAUCCGAUCAUCUUACUGGAUGAAAAUAGUAUAUAUAUCUUACACUGUCAAGGUUAAGGGUGGUAAAGGUUACCUACACGUAGUUCAAGUUUUAGGAAAAAAGUUUACAA